AAAUUGCUGCAUUUCUUGUGUCCCUCUCUAGAUGAGAACCUCUUCUCCAAAACUGCUAAGGAACUUUAGCUAGGAAAAUAUUGAGAGGGUUCCCGGCUUACAUUCUAGGAUGGGGUAGUGUAACAUCCAUGAUCCUGAGAGGGGUUAAAGCUGCAUCACAGAAUUCCAUAGUGCCCCUUCCCUUGGAGUUCUGGGACACGGAGAUUAGGAUGUACACAGAUCACUCUGUGAAAAUAUACACAAUUUUUGCUGCCUCUCUUUGUUUAUUCCUUCUUGUUCUAGGUUACACACUUAUGCAUCCAUCCCUGACAAGGCCUUACUUGCUAUCAGAGCCCCCCCUUCACACAGACAUCAUCCAUUAUGAGAACAUCCCCAAAUUCGAGUUGGUUCGGCAGAAUAUUCUAAGCCUCCCUCUAGGCAGCCAGAUUAUUACAGUCCCUGUGAACUCAUCACUGUCUUGGCAUAUAAACAAACUGCGAGAAACUGGAAAAGAAGCCUAUAAUGUCAGCUAUGCCUGGAAGAUGGUCCAGGACACCUCGUUCAUCCUGUGCAUUGUUGUGAUCCAGCCAGAAAUCCCUGUCAGACAGCUGAAAAACCUCAACACCGUGCCCAGCAGUAAGCUCCUCUACCAUCGGCUGGACCUGUUGGGCCAGCCCAGCGCCUGCCUCCACUUCAAGCAGCUGGCGACCCUAG